CCACGGGUGACGGGUCCCUCUUCAAAACCCUCCUCCUAAACCACCCGCCGCCGGCCAUUCCCCUUCCCCCGCCCCGGCCAUGGCGCUCCUCCGCGCCCGCAUCCGCCGCGACCCCCUGCUCCCGCGCCACUUCUCCUCCUCCUCGCCCUUCCCACCUCCCCCAUCCGAACCGGCCUCCGCCGAUCCGCCCCCGCGCUUCCCCUUCGCCGACGUCCGCGAUCGCCUCCGCUCCACCUCCACCGCCUCCGCGCCCCCCAUCGACGACCUCCGCCGCAAGCUCCGCCACUUCGCCAAGUCCCAUCCCUCCACCUCCACCGCGCAUUCCCCCUCCUCGUCCUCUCCGGGCCCCUCCUUCCUCGACGUCUUCGCCAGCGCGCCCUCCUCGCCCCUCGCUCCCAACAACCGGCCCUCCCCGACUCCCUUGGACUUCGGCCAGCUCCGGGAUAGCCUCAAAAGGCCGGGCUCCGCGGCGGCGGGCCUCCCCGUCCCUGGCGCCAGGAAACUCGACUGGAAGCCCUCCCUCCCUCCGCAGCGGCGGAGGCCGGCGGGGGCGGAGGCUGCGUUCGGGAGGGAUCUGGGAGAGAAACCGGAGCUCCUGCGGCAGUACAGCUACGGCGACCUCGGCAAGCGGCUCGGGGACCUGCGGCCCGCGGGGGCGGGGAAGGACGGGAGGGAGUGGUUCUCGCUGGAGGAGCUGAGCUCGCGCCUCGGGAGGCUGCGGGAGGUGGAGAGGGAGGAGAGGGAGAGAGCGCUGAUGGCCGGCAUGGGCAUCGGAGUGCUGCGGGAAGCACUUGAGGCGCACGCGCUCCAAACCAAGGAUCAGAAGAAGGCUGGCGGUGUGCCGAGUAUGUCAGCUUUGAUGGGCUUUGGCGGGCAGACGGUGCAGGGCAAGCCACAAGAGGAGCUGAUGGAGAGGUAUUUCCAUCCUGACCACUUGUCAUCGGCUGAGAAGAUGAAGCUGGAGCUGAAGAGGGUAAGGGACAAGUUCAAAAUGUCAGAGAAUGAUUGUGGUUCUGCAAGAGUUCAAGUAGCACAACUCACAACAAAAAUCAAACAUUUGUCAGCUACUCUACAUAAGAAGGACAAGCAUUCUAGAAAGGGACUGCAAGAGAUGGUCCAAAGGAGGAAGAAAUAUCUCAAGUACUUGCGGAGAACCGACUGGGAUUCGUACUGCCUAGUGUUGAAAAGCUUAGGGCUCCGUGAUGUGCCCCAAUACAAGGCCCCAGAUUACAAGAGCAAGAGCAACACCAAGUCCAAAAACAAGAAAAAGAGCAGGAGGAUGAUGAGGGCAUAAUCAUUUUCCUGGCUUUUAACGUCCCAGAAUUGGUAGUUAGGCAAAUGCUCAGGCUGUGUAUAUGUCAGCACCUUUUUUUUGAAGGAAUGUCAGCACCUUUUCCAAUCUCAACUUUCUUCUCUUACAUGACACCUUUUUUUUUAGCCGACUGCCUUUUGCUCUUCUAGCAAUUCUUUGGCUCUUCUCCAAAUUGCUGGGGAGCCUCGGAGUGUUCCCCUUUGUUCUGAACAACUACUGCUUGCAGUUUCGGAACAAUCUAAUAAUAACAGCAGUUGAUGCUGCAGAAGAGAUCAUUUCAUUGUU